UUUAUUUAAUUAAGCUAAGUAAACUGUUACGGAUACUUUUAUCGAACGAAAUAUAAAGGAACGGUCGUAAAAACCAAAUUACAUGAAUGAUCAACAUUUGGAUAAAUCCUCAGUGUGGCGAGUAUCACGGUCGUAAUUCUUGAGUCCCGCCUUAUUUCAUGUAAUCCAACAUAAAGCUACCCAAUAAACAUAGAGGUCUGUGUGUAGACGGCAUCCUCGAGAUAUAGGUCUGGUCCUUAGAGAGCAAUCAUGAAGAAAGGUUGGCCGCAGGGGUUUCUUAAGCCGCUCACAAUCAAAUUUAGCUGCAUCGCGACCGGGUUAAUCGAGGAUUAGGUAAAUUGGCCCAGAUACACUGAUGGGGAAAUCUCCCUUCAUUUUCUAAGAUUGAUAAACGUUAUUAACCCUUUAGGAUUGUCUGCGAGAAUAUUUUAAUACUGAUGACAUGGUUGUGAACUGCGAAGGUAGAUUUUAUGGCGAUUAUCCUCUUCCCCCUUUCCUAAAGAUAUGUAAAUUAUCAUUCAUACGUGUCAAAUUAAUCAAUUAUAAGUAUCUAUAUCAUAUAGACUACCCUUUCUCACUGAAGGACCUUCCAAAACAUUAUUAAAAUGUCAAUGGCACAAAUACAAAGCGGAAGUUUACUGCUAUCAUUAAAAAUUAACUUAAAUUAGCACGUUUGGGAAACAGAAGGUCGUAUGGUCAAGUUCAAUUGUUUGAGUUUUACGUCUCAUAGGAAACUAACGAGGGGCGGCGCGGUGCGCGCCUCCAUGCACCAUAUACCUGCAGGAGGUAACAGUCGACAUGCUGUCAAACCGAGUGUAACCUAAUGAAGGUCUCGCUCAAGGUGACGCAGCCACUGAAAUUUUAAUACAAGGUCGACUCAGUGCUUACGUAGCCACAAUCAAGUUGUCAACCUUUGAAAUAUGAUGAUGUACCACCCCGCGCCUCGUUAAGCUUCCUCGUGAAGUAAAAACUUCAUUCAGUCACUGUACGACAUCAGCAUUCAAAGGACGGUCAUAAACUCCUAAGAUACGCCUCAGAAAUGUCGUUCUACACGAGUAACAGUUUAUUCCCAACGACUGUGCCCAUACCGAAUGGGUUUCCUGUUCAGAUAGACGAGAAGCCGAAAAAUAAGAUAAUUUUCCUGGACGCUACACCAGUACGUACGCCGGUCAAACCGAUUUCACCGAAUGCUGUGGCGCCGAUGAGAAACAAUCUCGUGGAGCCGCAUAUAUCCAACGAUAUUAUUUAUGAAAACAUUAAGCCAGUGUUCACGGUGCUACGAAUAAUGGGAGUGCUACCCAUUACGAGACCUGCUUCUUGCAUGAAUCAAUUCCAGAUAGCGUCUGCUUCGAUGUUGUAUUCCGUUCUUGUGUUCUGUUCUCUGGUCAGCUACGUGCUGUACCUGUCUCUCCACAAAGUCCAGAUUCUGCGCACAGCGGAAGGCAAGUUCGAGGAAGCAGUUAUCGAAUACCUGUUCACAGUGUACUUGUUCCCGAUGAUUGCUGUCCCGAUACUGUGGUACGAAACCAGAAAGAUUGCUGACGUUCUCAACGGCUGGGUGGAAUUCGAGGUGGUAUACAAGCAGCUAUCAGGCCGGACAUUGCCAGUAAAGCUGUACAAGAAAGCGUUAGCGAUAGCUAUCAUCAUACCGAUCCUAUCAACCACGACAGUGAUCGUGACCCACAUCACGAUGGUGCACUUCAAGCCGAUGCAGCUGGUGCCCUACGUGUUCCUGGAGAUCCUGACGUAUAUGCUCGGUGGCUACUGGUACCUACUCUGUGAGACCCUUAGCAUUUGUGCCAAUAUCCUGGCUGAAGAUUUCCAAAGCGCUCUCCGUCACAUAGGCCCAGCGGGCAGAGUUGCUGAAUACCGCGCUCUGUGGCUGCGUCUAAGCAAACUCUCCCGAGACACAGGCAUUGCAAACUGCUACACGUUCACUUUCGUCAACCUGUAUCUCUUCCUGAUCAUUACUCUCUCCAUCUACGGACUACUCAGCCAGAUUUCCGAAGGUUUUGGCAUCAAGGACAUCGGGCUGGCCCUGACUGCAAUCUAUGGCAUCUUUCUUCUGUUCUUCAUUUGUGACGAAGCACACUACGCUUCACAUAAUGUCCGAACCAACUUCCAAAAGAAGCUACUGAUGGUAGAAUUGUCGUGGAUGAACACAGACGCCCAGACUGAAGUGAACAUGUUCCUGAGAGCUACGGAGAUGAACCCCUCACAAAUCAGCCUCGGAGGAUUCUUUAACGUUAACCGAACUUUAUUCAAAUCUUUAUUGGCCACUAUGGUGACUUACCUCGUAGUGUUGCUGCAGUUCCAAAUCAGUAUUCCUGACGACUCACAGAGCCAAGAUGAUGAAGAGGACGCGCCGCUGAACAUCACGAGUGCUACCACCGAAGCGCUGACAACCACCACCACAGUUAUGACCACGAUCCUUACCACACUCGCCAAGAAAAAGAAAAAGAAUUAACAUCUUAGUUAAGGAUAUACAUUUCUUAGUUCUAUUUCAUUGUGUAACUUUAUAUUAGUACUAUACUUAACCUAAGUGCAUUUUUAUUAACUAAGCGAUUGUCUUGUCAUCUUUCAUCGAUUUUCAAAAAAUAUGCCUAUUCAGCAUUUAACGCUAAGAAUGUUGUUUUGAAUAUAUAGUACCGUAGUAAUCACAAAUUAUGUAUAAUAAAUUAUUUUUGGACGAUGUUUACUUGUUUAAAACUAGAUAACUAAGUGUACCUAACU